AUGCCCCCUCGAAAAAGCGACGCUUCAAAAGUAGCUACUGGAGAUGAGGGAACGCCUGCAAAGGACCAGCCUAUUAGGGAGGGCGUAAAUAUCGAGGAUCUCAACCUUCCGAAGAGCAUAGUGACGAGGCUGGCAAAGGGUGUUCUGCCGCCGAAUACCCAGAUCCAAGGCAAUGCCAUGUUAGCAAUGACCAAAAGCGCCACAGUCUUCAUAAACUAUCUAACUACGCACUCCAACGAACACGCUAUAAGUCAAAACCGCAAGACGAUCGCACCUCAAGACGUAUUCAAAGCGCUCGAAGAGCUAGAGUUUCCGGAAUUCAGACCGCGGCUUGAGGCGGAGCUCCAGAAAUUUAGUGAGGUCCAGUCCGACAAGCGGAAUACAUAUCGGAAGAAGGUCGCGGCGGACAAGGCAUCGGGGAAAGCUGGCGCUGGGGAAGGGGAGGAUGGCGAGGUGGGUGAGAUGGAGGGCCACCUGGAUCGGGACGGGCAGCCUGCUGCCAAGAAGGCGAGAAGGGAGACGGGGGGCAGCGUGGGCGACGAGUCGAGCGAGAUGCGGGAGGGCGAUAUGAUGGGCGAUCCGGAAGACGACGAGGGCGACGAAGAGGAGGACCAGGGAGACGACGCGGAGGAUGAUGACCAGGAGGAGGAGGAGGAGGAGGAGGAAGAGACAGGGGAUGUGGAGGAGGAGGAGGAAGAGGCGGAGGAAAGGGAAGUCGAGGAUGAAGCACUGGAUAAUGGAGAGGAUAGCGACUGA